GAGGCGGAGUGAGGGGUGCGGUUAAAAGGAGCGGCGGCCGACAGGUGUCCAGGAUCGCGGCGCUCUGCGCGCUCUCCCAACUCGCAACCAGCCGGCGGCGCUCCCGCCUACAGAGCGCAGCCUCCGCCGGGACCAGCGGCGACCAGCUCCGGUUCAGCCCGCGACCCACUCCGGACCAACCCAGGACCGGCCCGAGACCCACGCAGGACCUGCUCCUCCCAGGCAACAGCGCUUCGCCGCCUCUCGCCACCUAGCGCUGCGCGCUCCUCGGGACACAGUGCCACCUACCCAGAGGACAAGAUGGAUUGGGGCACGCUACAGAGUAUCCUCGGGGGUGUCAACAAACACUCCACCAGCAUCGGGAAAAUCUGGCUGACCGUCCUGUUCAUUUUCCGCAUCAUGAUCCUCGUGGUGGCUGCCAAAGAAGUGUGGGGAGAUGAGCAAGCCGAUUUUAUCUGCAACACGCUCCAGCCUGGCUGCAAGAACGUGUGCUACGACCACUACUUCCCCAUCUCCCACAUCCGACUCUGGGCCCUGCAGCUGAUCUUCGUGUCCACGCCAGCCCUCCUGGUAGCCAUGCAUGUGGCAUACAGGAGGCACGAAAAGAAACGCAAGUUCAUGAAGGGAGAGAUAAAGAAUGAGUUUAAGGACAUCGAAGAGAUCAAAACCCAGAAGGUCCGUAUCGAAGGGUCCCUGUGGUGGACCUACACCACCAGCAUCUUCUUCCGGGUCAUCUUCGAGGCUGUCUUCAUGUACGUCUUCUACAUCAUGUACAAUGGCUUCUUCAUGCAGCGUCUGGUGAAGUGCAACGCCUGGCCUUGUCCCAACACAGUGGACUGCUUCAUUUCCAGGCCCACGGAAAAGACCGUCUUCACCGUCUUCAUGAUCGCAGUGUCUGGGAUUUGCAUCCUGCUAAACAUCACAGAAUUGUGCUAUUUGUUCAUUAGGUAUUGUUCCGGAAAGUCAAAAAGACAAGUUUAACGUAUUCCCUGGCUGCUAGAGCAAAGAUUGAGCAAAAGGAUGAGGCAACCUGUGCUUAGCUGUCAGAGCUCAGCCACCAGCAUUUCCCAAGACAAACUUAAAUGCCACCAUCUGAAGUCCCCAUAGGCCUCACAUGAAACUCCAGAGGCCUCCAUGGGGCUCCCUUCCCCCAAAGCACCAAACAAAGGCCCAAUUCUAUGCCUGUAUUAGUCGGUUCUAAAGUUAGUUCCACUGAGACCCCGUGCUGGUAGCGACUAUUCUGGUAGGACACAUUCACAGUUUAAACAAAGGAUCUCACACUGUCUUCCUCAGAGGACAGGAGAGACGAGCCCAGUCCCAAGGAAGGUGCCCAGAAAGUUCACUGUGCCUCGCUUAAGGCUCCCUUCCCCAAGUUGCCCCCAGUUAAUGGUAAAGAAUCUCCACUCUGUCAUUUGCUUUGAUAGUUUAAGUCUGCAAAAGUGGACAAAGUUAUUUAAUGCUUCAAGCACUGUGUACUUUUUAAAAAAAAAAAAAAAACCUUAAAAUAAGAUAGGUUCUUUUGUUCUCAAA